AUGAAUAUUAUCUUGGAUCUCCUCCUGCUUAUCAUCAUCAUCAUCUACUCCUACUUAGAAUCCUUGGUGAAGGUUUUCAUUCCCCAGAGGAGAAAAUCUGUGGCUGGGGAGAUUGUUCUCAUUACAGGAGCUGGGCAUGGAAUAGGAAGGCAAACUGCCUAUGAAUUUGCAAAACGGAAGAGCAGACUGGUUCUGUGGGAUAUUAAUAAGCAUGGCGUUGAGGAAACUGCAGCUGAAUGCAGAAAACUAGGGGCCAUUACACAUGUGUUUGUGGUAGACUGCAGUAACAGAGAAGAGAUUUAUGACUCUGUAAACCAGGUGAAGAAAGAGGUGGGUGAUGUAACUAUCGUGGUGAAUAAUGCUGGGGCAAUAUAUCCAGCUGACCUUCUUAGUACAAAGGAUGAAGAGAUUACCAAAACUUUUGAGGUCAACAUCCUAGGACAUUUUUGGAUCACAAAGGCACUUCUUCCAGCGAUGAUGCAGAGAAACCAUGGCCACAUUGUCACAGUGGCUUCAGUAUGCGGCCACAGAGUGAUUCCUUAUAUUAUUCCAUAUUGUUCCAGCAAAUUUGCUGCUGUUGGCUUCCACCGAGCUCUGACAUCAGAAUUUGAAGCCUUGGGAAAAACGGGUAUCAAAACCUCGUGUCUCUGCCCAGUUUUUGUGAAUACCGGGUUCACCAAAAACCCAAGCACAAGACUAUGCCCUGUAUUGGAGACAAAUGAAGUUGCAAGAAGCUUGAUAGAUGGAAUACUUACCAAUAAGAAAAUGAUUUUUGUUCCAUCAUAUCUCAAUAUCUUCCUAACACUAGAGAAAUUUCUUCCUGAACGUGCCUUGGCAGCCAUAAAUCACAUACAGGAUAUUCAAUUUGAAGCAGUGGUUGGCCACAAAACCAAAAUGAAAUGA